AAAAUACUCGUGCAACUUAUCCAAUUGAGUACAUUUCAAAUGUGAAGUUACCAUGUGUUGGUCCUCACCCAAAGAAUGCAUGUGAUGCAUUUGGUGUGCUUCCACCUGUGAGUAAGCUAAGCCUGUCACAGACCAUGUACCAUUUCAUCAGUGGAUACACAACUCUGGUUGCUGGCACAGAGGGUAUAAAGGAGCCACAGGAAACAUUUUCAGCUUGCUUUGGUGUCGCGUUUAUAAUUCUACACCUAACCAAGUAUGCAGUCAUGCUUGCUGAAAAGAUGGAGAACUAUGGUGCUACUGGGUAG